AUGACACAUGAAGGCAAAACUCAAGUCAAAGAGACCAAAGCCCUUGCACUCAUUCAGAAGUACAAAACUUUCAAAAAGGAAGAAGAUGAAAUAGUUGAGACAAUGUUCUCAAGGUUUCAAAUUCUCGUUGCUGGAUUGAAAGUUUUGGACAAAGGAUACUCAAUAGCUGAUCAUGUAAAGAAAAUCAUUGGAAGCUUACCAAAGAAAUGGAGACUCAUGGUCACAGGGUUGAAGCUUUCCAAGAAUCUAAACGCAAUAUCCCUUGAAGAACUUAUCAGUUCCUUGAGAAGUCACAAGAUAGAACUCGAAGAAGAUGAACCCCAUAAGAAAGAAUCUUCUGGAGUAGAAUCUGAAUCAGAAGAUGAACGUGCCAACAUUGCCUUGAUGGCCAGUAUAUCAAGUGAUGCCAGCUCAUCCGAAUCAGAAUCAGACUCAGAAGAGGAAGAGAUGUCCUUAAAAGCAAGGUUGAAACACCAGUCAUGGUACCUGGACUCUGGAUGCUCUCGACACAUGACCGGAAUAAAGCAUAUGUUCCAAAGUCUGGAACUUAAAGCUGGAGGUUACUUAGGUUUCAGAGGCAAUCAGAAAGGGAAAAUCAUUGGCUCUGGAACUGUUGGUAACGAAACUCUUCCCUCUAUAUCUAAUGUUCUAUUAGUAGAUGGAUUAAUGCAUAACUUGUUAUCCAUAAAUCAAUUAAGUGAUAACGAUUAUGACAUUAUUUUCAAUCAAAAGUCCUGUAAAGCAGUUAGUCAGAAAGAUGGAACUAUCCUCUUUAAUGGCAAAAGGAAAAACAACAUUUAUAAGAUAAAACUUUCUGAACACAUUCAGAUCAAAUCAUCUAAACUCAACCGUUAUGGGAAAACUCGGAUAUGCAUUAAAAACAUCUAA